CUACUAAUUCAAACUAGUAGACGGAUUAUUAUAAAAUUAAUACAACAUCUAAACUAAAUCACUACUAAUUCAAACUAAAAGUCGUUUUUCCCUUGGUUAGGACGGUGCUAACUAUUGUACAAUUAGCACCGUAACCGCUCCCACCAAUGGACCCUUGAUCCGAACUAAACUAUGUGUGAUAGUUCGAUCACAUUACUAAUAGAUCAACUUAACUUGAUAUAAUGUGAUACUUAUAUGAUUUGAUGCGUGGUUAUUAUGUAAACUAGUUGACAAUAAAUAAUAAUAAUAACUUGCUAUUUUGAUGGAUAUUCCAAAAAAAUGAUUAAUUACUAGGGAAAAAAUUAUGUUAUCACUAUCGUAGUGGUCAUUUGGCAAUCAAGUAAUCUACCCAAUUAUCAAAUUACAUGAUAUAAUAUCUAUCAUUUCAUUAUUUUUCUUAAAUCAUAAUAUUGAUGCACCAUGUAAUUUAAGAAAUUAUGUGGGUCCCACCACUAAUUCAUGUAACCCAAACAAUGUACUUAAUCUUACAAUCCAAACCCAUCAAAUACAUAAGUUCUUCAAAUACAUAAACUCUACCUUAUUUAUUUACCAAAUCACUUGAAAUUUUAGUUAUAGAGUUGAAUUCCAUCAAAGACGUGGAUCACUUUAUUAUUGGAUAAACUAGGCCGGGCUACAAUCUGCCUGUAACAGUAAAAUCAGAAAAAUUAGAAGUAUGAUGGUCCACUUCCUCCCAAGUACACAAUAUAUGGGUCAUUAAAUGGGCCGGCCUGGUCUACUCUCGGCCUGUAGAUGCAAAACUUUUGGAAAUACAAAAAGUGUAAAAAAAAUAAGAAUUAAUUUCCAACGGUAAAUCCUAGUGACCGUUCUGUAAUUUACCUCGCCAGUCGUCACUCAGUGACUCUGACUCACAGGGUCAGCGGGAUGAAGUGAAAAAGCAGAAUUGCAAAGCCAAGCAAGCAAGUAUACGUCAGAUCAACAUAGGGAGAAGCGCUACCGCUCUGUUCGUUCUCUCUAAUCUCUUGCCUCUCAACUACCAACUUUUUUUCCGGAGAACAUCGAUGGCGGACGACGGCGAGAUCACGAUCGAGGGAGCUUACACCGGAUCCACCAAGUUCCGUCUCUACACCGUCACCUUCUUCGGCACCCCCAUUUCCGUCACCGUCACUUCAAACCCUUCCGCCGUCAGCAAAUGGGUCCGGAAGACCGUCUUCUUCCACCGCCGCCGCCGCGAACCCAUGGUCGUCGGGACCGGCGUCCAGUGGACCGCAUUCCACGGCUCCAGCUCACCGGCCCAAACCCUCCACCUCUGCGUCGGCACCCGCUGCCUGAUCUUCCAGCUCUACCGCGCCGAUAGGGUUCCGCUAUCCCUGCGAAAAUUCCUCUACCACACGGGCAACACCUUCGUUGGGCUGUGGAACGGCUCCGACCAGAGGAAGCUGUACGAGUCGGAGCACGUGGUUGGCAUCCACGAUCUCCUGGAUCUGAGGAAGUACGCGGAGGCCGACGACGGGAGGAGCCUGAGAGGGGCGUCGGCGGAGGAUAUUGUGAGGGAGACGCUGGGUUACGAAGGGGUGAGAUUGGAGAAGGAAAUUAGUCUGAGCGAUUGGGGGAGAAGGGAUCUUGGGCGGGAUCAGGUUAUGCAAGCUUGUGUUGAUGCUUACGUUUCGUUUCGGAUUGGGAGAGAUUUGCGAGCUUGGGAGCUCUGAAUUGAAGAUGGAAACGAAUUGGAAAGGGGACGGGAGGUCGGAGGUGAAGGUAAGUCGGAUUUUGAAUCGACUUGCGUUUUUUGGGAUGGUUGAUUAGGGUUUUAAUCGAUCAGGCUUUGUUGUUGUUGUUGUUGUUGUUGUUUUGAAGCUUCACUCAAUCUGUGAAUGGAAAUGGUGAUGUAGUAAUAGGAGAAACAAAUAUUGGUAUGGCCAUGUUUAGGUUUCUAGUUAGGAAUCAGUGUGAAUGGUUUGACUGUGUUUACUUAUGAGUGAGGGUAACUUGAUGUUGCAUGCUUUGUGUUUGAUGAUUGUCCUCAAAGAAACGAAAUGGUUUAUUAGGACAAAUCGUCUAAACUUUUGCUCAGAUGUGUUUGAGAUGUGAUGAUACUCAACUUCAAUUAAUGAUCUAGUGUUUGAGAUGUGAUGAUACUCAAUGUCAAUUAAUAAUAAAUAUAUGAAAGUGGU